AUGUCACCUUUUGUAAUUGAGUCUCCUAAUUUCCAUUAUGUAAGAAAAGAGAUGGGAGGUGGAGAAGAGGCUACUGGGCAUGCCACUUCAAAAGCUGCAGCAGCACUGAAAAGUAAAUCAAGUUCUAAGGAAAAACUACAGAAAAAAAUACUUAAUGACAAAACAUUUGGCCUGAAAAAUAAGAAAGGUGCAAAACAACAGAAAUUUAUCAAGGCUGUGACUCACCAAGUCAAGUUUGGUCAGCAAAAUCCACGUCAGGCUGCUCAAACAGAAAGUGAGAAGAAAUUGAAAAAGGAAGAUAAGAAAAAAGAAUUACAAGAAUUAAAUGAGCUCUUCAAGCCUGUGGUUGCUGCACAAAAAAUUAGCAAAGGUGCUGACCCCAAAUCUGUAGUUUGUGCUUUCUUCAAGCAAGGGCAAUGCACUAAAGGAGACAAGUGUAAGUUUUCUCAUGAUUUGUCUUUGGAAAGAAAGGGUGAAAAACGAAGUGUCUACAUUGAUGCAAGAGAUGAAGACCUUGAAAAAGAUACAAUGGAUAACUGGGAUGAGAAGAAGCUGGAAGAAGUGGUGAACAAGAAGCAUGGUGAGGCGGAAAAGAAAAAACCCAAAACUCAAAUAGUCUGCAAAUACUUCCUUGAUGCUAUUGAAAACAACAAAUAUGGAUGGUUUUGGGUCUGCCCAGGCGGAGGAGACAACUGCAUGUAUCGCCAUGCUCUCCCUCCAGGUUUUGUAUUAAAGAAAGACAAAAAGAAGGAGGAAAAGCAAGAUGAAAUUUCUUUAGAAGAUCUAAUAGAAAAAGAGCGUGCUGCCUUAGGACCAAAUGUUACCAAAAUUACUCUAGAGUGUUUUAUUGCAUGGAAGAGAAGAAAAAGACAAGAAAAAAUUGAUAAGGCUGAGCAAGAUAUGGAGAGGAGGAAAGCAGAUUUUAAAGCUGGCAAAGCAUUGGUGAUUAGUGGAAGGGAAGUAUUUGAGUUCCGACCAGAGCUGGUUGAUGCAGAUGAUGAAGAAGCAGAUGACACCCAUUAUAUUCAAGGAACAGGCGAAGAUGAUGAGAUGGAAGACCCUGUGUGCAUAAAUGAUGUAGAUUUGAAUCUGUAUGUCCCAAAGGCUGUAGAUGAGACUGGUAUUACUGUGGCUGCUCCGGACCGUUUCAGCACAUACAGUUCUAUAGAAAAAGAUGAUAAUAAAUUAAGUGAAGCUUCUGGUGGUGAGAUAAACAGCAGUGAGCAAAAUGAUUUAGAGGAAGAUAAUGAUGGAGAUGGGGAGUUGGAAAAUGGAGUAAUUGAUGCAGUUCCAGUUGACGAAAAUCUUUUUACUGGAGAGGACUUGGAUGAACUAGAAGAAGAACUAAACACUCUUGAUCUAGAAGAAUGAAUUUAAAAGCUCAAGUGAGGAACUAAAUCCAUGUGACAAAGUGAAAACUGACUCCAUUUUUUCUCCUUUCUGAAUAGAAUUCUUGAACAGGAUGUUUAUGGUUACCCAGCUGAUAGUGAUGGGCACGUCAUACACCAGGAAUAUUUUCCUUCAGUCUCAUCUACUCCAAUCUUGACUAUGCUCACAGUUAAAGAUUAAAAGUAGCUCAUAAUUACAUGACAGCUGAUUUUUCAGAAUGAGAUUAUAACUUUCGACUAAAAGUAGGAAGUGUAACUGCUUUGCCAGUAUCCAAGUGUACGUGGGCAGUUUAAUACCAGGUACAGUAUAAAAAUCCCAGUAUACAUUCUUCACCAGAAAUGCAUUUUAGUGAUUGUGUUGAUUUAGAAACUGCCUG